AUUUCAAAUACCGAUAUUUUUUCCAUUAGACUUCCGACCCGAGUGUUUUAAGUGUGAGAAUGUUCUGCCACGCGGUGGCAGAACUUGUCUUGUUAUUUAUUUUGAACAAUUCUUUCGCGCUCUUGAAUCGCGUGCGCGCGCUAGAAAGGACGGGUCCUUCUUUAUCGACCGGGGCGCAGAGCCAGGCGCCACGGGGCGAACGCGCCCGCCGCUAGAUGGCUUGGCCGUGGCCGCGAGCGUGCCGUCGCGUCAGUUUGUCCAUUCAUGAGCGUUGUUUUGUCAUUUUCUAUAUUUUAUUGUUAUCCGCGAGGAGAGAUCGGCGAGCCGCGUAGGAGCGCGCGCGGGUAUCUGUCUCGCGGGGGCGAACGAACGCCGGAGAAAACGAUACCUCACGCCCCGUUGUCGUUAUCGCCGGGCGAGUCUCCCUAUCGAACAUAACCGCCGUAUCGAUCCGCUACACCGCUGCCUGGUCCGCCCGCCCGCCCGCCGCAGCAUCGUACGUGGUAAGAGGUUAUGUUGACUCCGUUAGCUCGCGCCGCGCGGUCCUCGACGACCCGCGGAUUGCGUCUUGGACACUGAAUCGUAAAGACGAGAUAUCUGUCGGUAGGAAAGAAUGGAGGGCGCCUGCCGGAGACACCCGGCGACGGUCGCACGUACAACGGGCCGUAGCCUCGGGCUCCCGAAACGGAGGGGUCCCCCUUUGCCGUGAAAAAUAUAUGAUGCUCCGUCGAAUGUCGUUGUCGCUCCGCACCAACGUGGGCUUCCUCCGCAGCGCCGGCCACGGGGCAGACCACCAAUGUCGUGCAGAGGAGCCGCCGCCGCCGCUGCCGUCGCCACUUGCACGUCGAGACGGCACAGCUGCGAGAGGAUUAGCUGUGAGGGCGAGGGGGCGGAAUGCGCGCCCGCCAAUGCGCUCUUUGCCUCCCCGAGAACGGAGGAGGUCGGUAAGAGGGACCGUAGGCCCAGAAGAAAUGAGACCUGGCACCAAACGACGGCUGGAAAGGGCGUUGACGUUGUCGAGACGGUAGCCGACUUUGAGAAAUGGCUCAAGAUGCGUAGCACGGAGCCGCCGGUGCCGACGAGCAUGGACCUGGACGCGGCCAAGAUGGUGGAGGGCGUGGACCGCUAUCUGGGCGAGGAGGUGCUGUCGCACAGCUGCUUCCUGAGCAAAGAUCCGUACGGCUUGUCCAUCGACAUCGAUCUAGCGGACGCCAAGAAGCUCAACCUGUCGUCCAGCUACGACCCGAUACUGCAGGAUCUGGCGCACGGCGAGAACCGGCUGCUGGAGCCACCGUGCGAGAAAGUCGUCGACGAGUUCAUGCUGCCGGAGUUCCAGCUGGACCAUCUCGAUCCGCUAGCGGCGCUCGCGCCGGACGACAUGAUGGUGGCCGGCGAGAUUCUACCGUCCGCGAGCAGCCAGCCGACGUUGAACGUGGAGAAUCAAGAUGUCGCACAAAGUGUCCCAAAAACGGGAAUCCCAGCGCGGAGCGUCGAGACACCCUGCGAGAAAUCCGCGCUCGGUCGACUGCCGAGUUUGGUCGCGAACGAGAUGGGGGAUGCGAAGGCAGAGCAGGAGACUGUGGCGCAAUCUUCGGCGGCUUCCUCGGAGCUCUUCACCGAGGCUCUGUCGCCGAUGGACGAGAGCUCGCCGAGUACCGUGACGAGCCCCAUGGAGGUGGGCGCGGCAACGGAACAGUCCAAGAAGACGAAGCUCGAGCCUCGUAUCAUCAAGAAACGCCGGCAGAUGACGGAGCGAUUGGAGAAGAAGCUCGACAAGCGUAUCAACGGCAAGAGCUUUGCGCCCGCUGAUGCGGACACGCGGGACGGCACGAUGGCCGUGGUCGCUAUAUCCACCGACAAGAUCUCCAACAUGACGCAGAUCGUCAUCAAUACCGGCACGGAGAAGCAGAUCUAUCAGGGCAAGACCUCGGAGCUGAUCGAGGCAACGGGCAACUUCCCAAAGCUGCCCAAGAUCGACACCACUGCCGCAGUCUGGAACGGCGGCGCGGCCGACUACGCUGCCGACAGCAAUCCGAGUAGUCAGUAUGAAAUUGUUAUAUCUAACGCGCUGGAGGAGCUGGGCAUCACCGACGACAGCCUGCAGCCAUUGUGCGCCACCGAGCACGACAAGGUCUGGCUCUGCCCGCGGGACGACUGUAACAGACAAUUCGGCAGAUUGUACACACUGAAAGGCCACUUGCUGGCCCACUAUGGCGUCAGACCGUUUAAGUGCGACUUCGAGGGCUGCACCUGGGCCUUUUAUUCCGAGUUCAAGCUGAAGAGGCACAAGGAGACGCAUCUGAAGCGCAAGGACUACGUGUGCGAGGUGGAAGGCUGCAAUCGUCGCUUCACCACCGUCUACAAUCUGUGGAGCCACACGAAGCUGCACAGUCGUCCCAAUCGGAUCGUUUGCCAGGUGCCAGACUGCGGUGAGAAGUUUCAAACGAAACGGGCGUUGGAAGUGCAUAUGAAGUCGCACGACCAGCGCCACGCGCCUUACGUGUGCCAGCACGAGGGCUGCGGCAAACGUUACUACAGCAGCAACGCACUGACGUCGCACCAGCGUUCGCAUAGCUACAAGGAAGUGGACAUCAAAUGCUCGUGGCCGGGCUGCGGCAAGAUCUUCGACAAGCCGUGUCGGCUCAAGGCCCACAUGCGUUCUCACACCGGCUACAAGCCUUACCCGUGUACUUUCCAAGACUGCAACUGGGCCUUCUCAUCGUCCAGCAAGCUUAAGCGCCACCAGAAGAAGCACACGAACGAGCGCAAGUUCGUGUGCGACGUGCCGGAUUGCGGCAAGGCGUUUAUGCGCUCGGAACAUCUGAAGGAACACCGGCUGACGCACACGGAAGGCCGGUUCUUCCAGUGCUUCGUGUGCGCCGCCCGAUUCUCCGCGAAGAGCAGCUUGUACGUGCACAUUAAGAAGCAUCAGCAGAGCAAACCGGACGACUUGAACGUGCCCGAGAGCGCUUGCAACGAUCAGAAACGCGCGAGAACCAGGGAAUCUCAUUACUCGCGGGUGAAGCCGAUUAAGCCGAAGCGGUGGAAUACGGAGCUGGCGAGUGCCGCGGAAACUAUCGCGAAGGAGAACGACGUCGAGAAGCAGAAUGCCGACGUGUGUUCCCAGGAUGAGAAUCAAAUGGAAUGGCUGUAUCGUUGUCCGAUAGAUGUGUGCGGGCAUUUGUUCAGCAGCGAGACGAGUCUUCGCGAGCACAUGUUAAAAGCACACGGUAUACACUGCGACGAUUUGCUGACUAAAUCGUCCUCGGACGACGCCGACAUAGAUUACGUUUUAUAUACUGUGCACAGCUCACCGCCGAGCUCACCCAAUGCCGUCGAAGAGGAACAGAUGGUCAUGGUGACCCCGUGCGAAGCCGUCAUCCUCGACACCUCUUCGUCGAGAACAGACCAUGGUCUGCCAGAAGCGGAACCGUCGCCGCCGCCGCCGCCGCCGCCUUCCAACACCUCGCUGAAAAGCUCGGAAACGUUCCGAAACGACGCGCGAACUGGCAAAGAAACUGUAUCGGCGAAGGAGCAGGGCUCGGCGAGGACAGACGUAACGUACUCCGACUGGUCUAAACUGAAGAAUAGUGCGUCGAUGAGUUCGGUAGUAACGGAAGUGUCGGACGUUGUGCUGGGCGCGAGUGGUGAUUUGAGCGAGGGUUUGCUGUUCACGGAAUUGCCAUCGAUGUACUAUCAGGACGAUGUCGCAGGUACGGAAUAUCAGGUGCUGUUAUUAGAUUCAAGUCCGCUCGAGAGUGCCAGUAACUUGCGCGGUCUCGAGUGAUUUUCGUAAUGGACCCAAGAGAUGAUUUCUACUAUCGUGGCCCCGAGAGAUCCUCGUGAUAGAGUGCUCUCGGUCAAGUGAUGAUCUAAUUAUUUUGGACGUGACGUGAUAAUCUUUAUUAUUUUUAACGCGUAGCUUAAGAAUGGCAUAAUAGUUUUGAACAAUGAUGACUGUUAUUAUAUUAAACAUAGCUUUUGUGGUAACUUUAACACGAUCUGUGAUCCAGGAGCUGGCCUCAGCCUAAUAUUCAUUUGUACUACUCCCGUAAUCGCUUUAAAUCGUUAUUUUAUUAAUAAAUCGUUGAUAUUUUUCCACAAAAA